AAUGUUAAAAUCCUUUGGAAUUAUUUCUGGUUUUCUUUUCAUUAGUCAGGGGAAAGUCAAUUCUUCAACAGAAAACUUUAAUUCAGCAAGACAUGCUUUAUGCAUCCUAUUUCCAGAUUAAAAUUCUGGAGUCAAUGGUGUUGUUUCUUUUUCAUAAGAACAUAUUAAUGCAAAAACAAAGAUUGCUGCAGUAGUAAGAGGAUUAAAGCCAAACAGUCUCCACGGCAUUCAUGUUCAUGAAUUCGGGGAUUUAAGCAAUGGAUGUGAAACAGCAGGACCUCAUUUCAAUCCUUUUGAACAAGAACAUGGAGGUCCUUUAGAGGAGUAAAGACACGUAGGAGAUUUGGGAAAUAUAAAAACAGAUGAAAGAGGAAAUGGAUAUUUGGCUUAUGAAGACAAUUAGAUUUAAUUAUAUGGAGAGUAUAGGUAAACGAGCAUAUAAAUAAAAUAAGUAUUUUGGGAAGAUCAGUGGUAGUACAUGCAGGUUAAGAUGAUUUAGGAAGAGGUAGUUAAAAAGACUCAAAAACAACUGGUAAUAGUGGUGCAAGAUUGGCUUGUGGAGUGAUAGGUUUGGCAUCAGGAUUUAAGAAUUUAUAACCAUAUAAAUGAU